AUGUCUUACCUCAUCGUGCUAUUACUGCUAGCUCCAGUAUUAGGGCUAUCGCCCGAGUCGAUCGCAAACACGCUAGAGCAGCUUAAGGAGGCGCAUCAGCUCGAAACAGCAUCGCUGGCAUUUCCGUCUUGCGUUCUUGAAGUGCUUUCCACGAUCAUGCCGCAAUGUCAUGGGGGCCAGUCGGCGCUGACGGAGCACGAGAAGCAGGACACCGCGAUCCGGCUCACAAUGUGCAUUUUUGACCGUCAAGACGGCUCCAACGGCUCCCUGACACUACCGGCAGAAUGCUGGAACCACAAUAACCGUGAAUGUAUCGCAAAACUCGCGUCCAACCCCGUUUGGUGGACAACUUUCUUUGGCUACCUGAAUCUGGUAGAGCAGCUGUGCCACUACUACAGCGAGCCCUACGAAACGCAAAGACUGCUCGAAACGUACCGAGAUGCUUGGAAAAAGCUCGACGAGCUUAUGGCUACCCUCAGCCGAAUCGACGACCUCGGGACAGGCGUUCUGGACCAGCUCAGACAGAAUUUGGUAGCAACGUUCGACUCGUUGCAACAGGACCUCCAGACGCGGUUUGAGGAGAUGAGAAAAAAAGCAGAAAAUCAACUGGAUACAGCAUUCGCGUCGGUGGAUCUCAAGAUGGACUCAUUGCUCUCCAAUGUGUACAAAGUGAGCGAUAAUCUGGAGAACAUGCACGUCGAGGCGGUGAAAACAGCGGAGAAUUUUUUCACAGAGCUCAACAAAUGGCACGAUCAGAGCCUGCAGGAGCUCGCGCAGCAAAUGGAGGCGUUGAACAGCGAGCUGCGAAAAAAUACCGAGCUGGAAAAUGAACGGCUGAUAAGCAGUCUUUCCGCGGAGCACGAGAUGAUGGCCGAACGGCAGAAAAAGAUGGAUAGCGAGACGGCGACGCGGUUCCGGGAGUGGGAGACGCGGCUCGAGACGAUGAACCGGUACUUGGGCAGCUCGCUAGCGCGGUUCGAACGUCUGCAGGACGUGAUGGACAGGUUUAAUGUGCUGGGGCAGAUGAGCCGCGUGGUGUACGGGUGUGGGUUAUUGGGGUUGCUGGUGGUUGGGUACUUUGUCAGGUUCGAAAGGCUGCUGGUUAUCCUGUCGUUUGUGGGUGGUGCGUACGUGGGUGCUGGCACUCUGGACUGGCUGGGGUGGUGA